AUGGUAAGUGUCUCCAAACACUUUCUUUACUUUUCCAGCAGCAGUUUCAUCUGUUCUGUGAACUUAUUUUAAACUGUUUCAUGUUAAUCUGACACUUUUUUUAAACAGAGUUUGAGGUACUUUCUCUGUCCGAGGUGCUGAAAUACAGCUGCAUCUCUUCAGUGAAAACUUUCUCUACUGUCAUCCUGCCGCCAAGAACUAUUUUUAUUCUCAUGCAAAGGCAUUUGUACUGGGAUUAAAAAUAAUUUUCUACAUUUUGGUGAUUUUUUCAAUUAGGUCCAUCUCACUUUGUUUCUCAUUUUGUAUCUGAUUAUAUCCGGGUGCAUUUUUUCCACAUUAAUUAUCAACAUAACUUAGCAGGCCUAACAAUCAAUUAACCGCUUUUUCGUUUUCUACUUAUCCUAAUUUUACGAAUCUGGAGCAUUUUUAGCUUCCUAUCCCACUCCCCCUGAAGGCGAAUUUUUCGGGAGUCAUUUAUAAUCCCCCGCCUCCGGUCCGCUCACUGCUGUAACGCCGGCGAUCUCGCAUGCCUGCCGGGGAGAGAGCGGAGCUGUACCGAGAGACCCGCAGCAGCUUGUCUAUUGCCCAUAAAAUCAGUGGAUGUGUGUGGCUGAAUGACAUGAGGGGGAAAUGGGCCGUAAAAUUAAAGAAUCUUGCAGAAAACGAGAGCUGGAGAAGCACAGCAACCCCCCCUCCCUCUGACAUGCACACACAUACACACAGAGAGAAACACACUCGGUGGACUGUGAGCUGAAACUAUAGAGCAGCCAGAGCCAGAUCAUGCAGCUGAAAAACGUUGCAGGGAAAGAAUAGAGGAUUGUUGUGGUCUUAAAUCAGACAUGGGCUGCUGCUGCUGCCUCUCUGCCUCUCGCUUUUUGUCUUGCUGAUCUCUUCCUUCAUGUUCCAGGAUUUCUCUGACCAGAGCAACAUGGCCAAACAGCCUCCCAGCGCUCCCACUGGUUACAUCCCAACGCAGCAGCCGGACGGAGCUGCGGGACUUACAACAAACAAACCGGACAACACGGCUGAAUGCCCGCCGCCUGCCCCUCACCAUCACCCGGCGCCUCAGCCGCCGCCCCCCUGCAACGAGAGCAAAACUUUUUGUCCCACGGAAAAUAAACCGGGAGAACAGGACAGCAAUAAAGCCUAUGGGACGUUUAAAAGCACCCCGCCACCGGUCCCUGGAUCCGUGGCCGCAAAUUCGGCCUUUAGGAAGGAUUCCGCUGGAUCAGCCCGCGGGGUGUCCGCCCCGUACGGCGACCCGCUCCGGGCAACCACGGAGCAGAACAACGCCGUGGGCAACUGGACGGCUAUGAGCCAGACCACCAUCAUACUGGGAACAGAUGGGAACACGUCUGUUCAGCCGAGCACCGUGACGGGGGUAAGUCAGCUAAAUGAACCGUUUCUUUAACGGAGAGCGGAGCGGCUGGAGGCUGCAGGUGCGUGCUGGAUGUUGAUGAAAAAAGAGCUGACUGGAUUAACCUGCUGCCUCCAAACAGGGGAGGUGCAAACCCCGGGGAGUUCUAAUCAUCAUGCAGGGCUUUAGCUGAUGGUGUGGAGUGGAGUGACUGUGGUUUGUGUCCACUAGAAAAGAAAUGUUGAUUAGUUUUCUCUAAAAGCUGUGCGUAAUAAGUGUUCAAAUGUAACCUCAUCCAAGCUGGAUGAGUGGAUGCUUCAAGAUUUACGCAUUUCAAAAGCCAUGAUCAUAAGGCCAUAACUGAUCUAUACUUAUCCUUACCUGUACUUUUAUCAUUCUACCUGAAAAUGGAUGAAUGGAGUAAUUAUUUCUCUCCUUUGUGUGAGUCAGAAUUUGCACGAUUGGGCAUUUUAGUGGUUAAAUGAGCCAAAGCAUGCUUAGUGUGACGGUGGACUAUACGUGCGUAAAAUCUAAGACCUAAAAAAGCUGAAUGGGCUGAAGGAGGAGCUGUCUGGGUGGAUCUGGAGCUAUUUGGCGUCCCCCCACUCUGCGCAGCAUCUGCACCAAUCAAACUUUCAAAUCUGCUUAUGUCAGCGAAAAAAAAAACCGGAGGAGUUAUUCAAUAACGAGCCGAGUUCAGUUCUUAAAAUAUACAACCGACGCAUCAGAUCCAAAGGGAGCUGUUUGUGUUCUAUGAAAUGAGUGGAUUUCUGUGGUUUUAUUUGGCUGAUUUUUGCUCACAGUUACAAGACGGUUAAAGAUAAUCACAUAAUCACAAUCUCGCGGUAUUUUUGGCUCUCCCUGCUCUCUGUGCUCUCACUUGGUAUGGCCCAGAAGCCCAGGUGUUAUCCGGCUGAUAGGACAGCUCUGUGUUACACGACACUGCGGAUUGUCUCCAAUCCCCGUGAGGGAACUCCCCAUCCUUCACAAACACACACUCUUACACACACACACAUUCCCAUGCAUGCUGCUGUCUUUCUCUGCAUGUCCAUUCAGUCUGCAUAAAUACACUCAGAUCCUGCAGUCAUGUUUAUUAGCGAUAUUUUUAUAUCCUUAGAGAUGAUAUUUCGUUCUUUGUUCUGAAUGAUUUCUGUAAGUGCAGCAGAAGAAGAGUUAUUUCUACACAGGCUCGUGAAUGGACAACUCUUAAGUAGCUCUAAACUGAAAGGUGUGCGUAAAAAGAAAUUGUUCAAGCAAACACACUUGCUAUUUUCUGAUCUUCUUUUCUUAUUUAUAAUUUGAAGGAUAUUCUUUUUUAUCAUUUCUUCAUGUUGGUGUAAUUUGUCCAGUUUGCAUUUAUCUGAGUGUGAACCCAAGACUAUAUUGUUAUUAAAUGUCCUCUUUCAGGCCCAGGCUUUCUGCUAGUAUUUUUAGUUCGAUGGGGUCUUGUGUAAAAAAAGAUUGUGUUUUUUUUUUCUAUCAGAGAAUGAAGAGAUGUUUUUCUGUUCUCAGGCUGACGAUGAGGACGAGAGUGGAGAUGAGAAUAAGGCCAGAGGAAACUGGUCCAAUAAACUGGAUUUUAUUCUGUCCAUGGUGGGAUAUGCGGUGGGACUGGGGAACGUGUGGAGGUUUCCUUAUCUUGCCUUCCAAAAUGGUGGAGGUAAGAGUUUGAGGUUCAUGGCACUGGAACAGCAUUUUAAGUAAAUUGAAAAACUCAGGAAACGAAAAGUGUACCUCGUUUUGAGUCAGAAUUGAAGUCAGGAUUUAUAUAUUUUUUCUCUUUUUAGGCCUCAGACUGUGGAGAAACUAUUAUCAUAAAAAAAGCCAAUAAUUAUCUUGAAAGAGACUUUUUAUUCCGGUGAUUAUGAUCGUUGAAAAAUAAAAAUUAAAAAAAGAAGCUCGGCAAUAUCUACACUCGGAUAUUAUGGGCUGUUUAUGCCAUAAACGAGGCAUUUAUUAUAUUUUUUUAUCACUGGAAAUAAUACUAAAUUAUUAUGAUUAUUGUUAAUCAAAGCUUAGCUGAUGCACACAACUGGAAUACACAUAUCUGCUCAUUUUCAUAAGAAGAUACUGGUGCAUAUUUGUUUAUUGUGUGCACAUGUACGUAAAUAUUAGCCUAAUACUUGGAUGCACAUGUCACAGUAUGCUAAAUCUGGUCUUACAUACCGGUACAAAUUCGUAUUUUUGCUGCAAUAUUAAUAUUCAUGUCUGCUGAGAUAUUUGCACGGUAUUUAGCCUAUCCCUUCUUUCUUUAUAUUGGCUUUAAAUGUGCAUUAUUUGUCUGAUAUUUCUGUUUAUUCUGCGUGUUGGAGCAGCUUUAGAGGUGAAUCCAGGUUUGCUUAUGUAUUGUGGUGCAGUAUAGUGUGUGUUUUUUCCUGCAGCCUUGUGUCUGAUCCCCCUGCAGGAGCUUUUCUGAUCCCUUACCUGACUAUGUUGGGCAUUGCCGGGAUCCCUAUCUUUCUUCUGGAGGUGUCUCUGGGCCAGUUUGCCAGCCAGGGGCCCGUAUCAGUAUGGAAAUGCAUCCCAGCUCUGCAAGGUAAACUGCCACAACUAAACACGUAAUAAAUACGAAACCAAUUCAAAAAUAAAGCUGAUUUUUAACCAUUACGAGUUCUCUACUUUUCUUAAGAGUAAUUUAUAUAUUUCGUCUCAUUUAUUUAUUUUAGGUUGCGGGAUUGCCAUGUUGAUAAUAUCUGUCUUGAUAGCCAUAUACUAUAAUAUUAUUAUGUGCUGGACACUGUACUACCUGUUCGCUUCGUUGAAGGGCUCACUGCCAUGGGCUAACUGUAGGAAUGAGUGGAACACGGUGGAAUGUAAGGACAAAGACAUGCUGCUGUUAGGUAAGACACACACACACACUCUCACACACACACCACACACACACACUCUCACACACUAAAAGUACCCCUCUCUCUCUCUCUUCACAUUGCGCAAUGCGUCAUGACUCCCUCAGCCGAGGUGUCCUGCAGUAUAAUGAAUCCUGACCUGUGAUCUCUGCAGUGUUUUCACCCUCAAAAACUCUCUAAAUUCAGAGCUUUUCUCUUUUUCUUUUUGGUGAAUUAUUCAUGAAAUUAUUCAACAGGGCCUCACUUUAUCAUAUCACUCUUUAAAUCAUAUCUUCUCUAUUCUUCUUUGCUUUAAUAAUAUCAAAAUGCUCUGCUUUAUAUCCUCUGAGUCUGCAAUACACAGCUGAAGUAGUCUGUCUUGCGCUGAUUUUUAAUGAAACUUGAGAUAAAAUCGUGUUUUUACGAUGAGAAAAUGUCCGUGUGGUUGUUUUUAAUCGAUCUGCGUCGAAUAAAUAUCGAAAUUUCGCUCGUUUUCUGUAAUAUUUGCCACUAGCGAUUGUGUGAAUUCAGCACAAAAACUGCUUGCUUGACAAAUUUACUGUACCGGCUGAGCUGCUGCAGUGCUGCAGUGAGCUCGAGACUGACCCCUGGUGGCCGCUACACGUUACAGCAGGACCAUUUAACAUGACAGCCUGAACGAAUCAGGUGCAUGAAAAAUGAAAAAGCUGCGAGAUAUUUGUAAGGUAAAAUAUAACAAAUGACUUAAAAAUAUUAUAAAACAGUUUAUUUUUAAAUGAAUUAAACAAUAUGAGCCCUAUCAUCAUAUGCACAUUGCAUUUCUGCUUAUUGUGUGGUGGAAACUGGGCCUUUAGAUACAUCUUUAUUUUAGAUACAGUGCACCUGCAGAAAAACUAAACACAAGAUUUAGAUGUUAUUUUAAAACCUUAAUAUCAUGGCCAAAGUAGUGCAAGGUCAUAUGAGUCCAAUGCAAGAAAGAAGUCUUGAGCAAUCACAAUCUACUAAUAAAAAGACAAAUGAUUAAACAUCUUACUCCAUUUAUAACGAUAGAGUGAAAUGCAUGCCCUUAUUAUGUUUUGCAGAAGUUUUGCAUUAAUGUGCUGAAGGGUUAAAUUCAGUAUUUUAUGUUGUAUUUCUGUAUGUAACUCAAAACUGUCUAAUUUCAGCAUCUGACCAGUUUCAAAAAGAAUUAACAGAUUUUGUCACCCUGCAGAAGCUCUUAAUUAAGUAAUCAUGUGCGAGUGAAAAUAUCUUAAUAGACGUACUAGACUAAAUAUAAGGCACAUCCAACUGACAAGUCCAUAAAAGCAUUACAUUUCAAGACAUUACAAGCCAAAAAUUAAACCUGGGUUGAUUGAAAUUAGUAAAAAAAUGAAUAAAUUAGGAAGAUUUCUGAUCAUGUUUCUAACAUAAAAAAUGUUGAAUUGGAAGAAACUUGACAGAUAACUGUUAUUUGCUCUAUUGGAUGAAUUAUUUAACUCCUUUAAAUUAAUUUAGGUCUUAUUUUUGAUUUGUCAUAUCUUGUAAUAAGAUGUUUAUUGGACUUGUCAGGUGAAUGUGGCUUAUAUUCAGUGUAACAGACACAGUUUUCCUGAAAAAGAAAAAAACUCAGACUAAGGUUUGAGUUUUUUCAGUACAGUUUUUCCAGUAUUUUGUUUUCAUUUGGGGAAAGACAUUUGGGUGAAAAAAAGACUUGCAUAUAGAUGAUCAGUGCAUCUUAAGACAGGAUUUUGGAUGUGAAAAUCAUGACUUCCUGCAGUGUCUUUAUAAACUUUGAGCAGCUGACCGUAAAACAGCCUUUCUUUUCUGUAUAAUCGCUGAUUUUGUUCAUAUCUGGCUGUUUAUCCAGAGGAAAAAAAGAGGAAUCUAUCACGGUUCUCACAGAGGAUCCAUGUUGCAGUCCUCAGAUCUGCAUCCCUCUCUCCAGAGAAGGAUGCAGAUCUGUCUGUUUUCCUCCCUCUGUGAAAACCUGAGUGGACAGUAAGCUCUGCCCCACAGCAGCUCUCUGCAGGUCUCUCCCAGUUUGACGUGUGUUGGUUUCUGAUUGGAACAGACUCGUGCAUCCUGCGGGACAGAAACAUCACCUCCAUCAAAAACUCCUCUUUCUGUCUGUCUGCAAAUGCUGUGGGAAACCUGAGCAAACUGAUCAACAUGACUGUGGAUGGAAACAAGACUUACGUCAGCCCCAGUGAGGAGUACUUCAAGUGAGUGGAAGACCAAAUACAGUUCCAGUAACAGCUUAAAUUACAGAAACUGCUGAUAAGAGUAUUAAGUUUAAGGUUCGGCUUUCUAGAGUCCCUUAAACUACAUUAUCUGGUGGAGGCACAUGGUUUAAAAAUUAUGCUUAUUGGGUGAAAUUUGGCAGGUUCUUUAUAGAGUUCAACAAGAUCACAAAGUUCCAAAUUCGACCAAGAAAAAAAACCUUAAAACCUUUGAAAUGAAGUAACAAAGACCUGUGUUUUUUUUUAUCAUUUAAACCUGUUUUAAUGUUCUGAAAAAAGGCCUGUAAAAAAAACGCCUUAAAAGAGCCAUCAAGUCUGACCUUGCAGUAAUGGGAACACUGCGGUAAAAGUCUGCUUAUACAGGAUUAUAUCAAAAUGAUAUAAAGUUUAUUUGGUGUGAGUGCAUUGAAAUAAUGACAGCCCUGAAAGACCUGCAAGAAUCAGUCUGAAUAGUCUGAAAUAACAGAUUUAAAUUGAUUUGUAGUGUUACGUGUUCUUGAGUUUUCUGUCUGAAUCCUCCUGCAGGUAUAAUGUGUUGCACAUCUCUAAAGGAAUUGAAUUUCCAGGAGAUAUCCGCUGGCCUCUGGCUGGCUGUCUUUUCCUGGCCUGGGUGAUUGUCUACGCCUCUUUAGCCAAAGGAAUCAAGUCAUCAGGAAAAGUAAGAAAACACACCAAACAAAUCUUUUAACCCCUGAUGUCUGCACCUCUGCUCUGCUGUAGAUUAAACUCUUUAGGUUCUGCUUCAGGCUCUGCACCAACCCCUGCAGAAGUUUGUCUCUCUGCUCCUAAAAAGAUCAGGUCCUUUUUUCUGAUCUGAGGUAGUCCAGAUGUAGUCAGAACACAUCAAUCCUGUCUGGGAACUUGAUUUAUGUUAAUCUCUUGGAUUUUGCAUUAAAUCUUCCCAGUUAGGAUCUAUAUUCAAUGACAGACGGUUCAGUUCUGGCUCAGAUUACGUAAUCUACAAACGCCACCCAGUAUUGCCACAAUCAGAAAUCUUUUGAAUCUUCAGUCCACAUUAUAACAGUGCAAAGAAAACCAUAACAUGCAGAUAAUUAAAACAUUUAAACUUUUUAUACAGGACAAAUAAAGUUAAUGAAACUUUAGCAAUAAGUUUUUGGAUGUAAGAUGAUCACUUGGUAUGAAUUAUCCUGUUAAAAAUGAAGGACCAAGAGAUAAAACUGCUCUCUCAGCAUCACUGUAAAUCUGAUUCUUUAAGGUGCAGCAACAUUUUACUUUUUCCAAGAGCUUCCUCAGAUUGAAUGUUUGUGCAAUGUCGCCCUCUACUGGAUAUAAACAUUACACGCAUGAUGGCAACACUUACGCUCUUUCUCACAUUAGUCUCCUCCACCUCUCUGCUAUGGAGUGAAGUCUGUUUAAAGUCACAAUCAGAGCUGAAUGGAUCUUAUUUGAUGCUUAUCAAAGGGGGAGGGGUCAGAUUCAGCAGGUUGGCACCACACAUAAAAAUGCACAUCAAGCAUGCAGCAGGUUGCGAAACAACUACGCUCAAAUCAGGGAUUAAGUUGGAGCUGAAAGUGUUACAGGACCAGAGGAGCGCUGUGUUGCACAUGGUUGCAAAGUUCCUGGUGUAAAUUGCACAUUCGCCUAAAGAUCCAGUGAGAUCGCACAAAUCUUUAUAAACAGACAUGUUUUAUAGCAAACAUGGAAAUGUAUAUGCAUGCAAUACUGCACCAGAGUUGCAGACAUUAAUAUGCAUGCAUGUAUGUAUGCACAUGAUGAUUAAAUGGUCAGGCAAGAUGAUCACUAAUCUAGUUCAUCCUGAGCUACCUAUACCAUGACAGGAUGAGACGUAUUUCCCAUCUUCUUGGUUGCAUUUCUUUUUUAUGUGAAUAUUUCCUGUUAUAAAAAGUUGGUUAUUAAUAAAAAUCAAGCAGAUUGAAAACAAAGUGCACAGCCAAUUGGAGGUGUUUAAGCCACUAGUGACAUCAGUCAGCAGGGUCACUGCUAACACAUCUUAUAGCAUGCAGCUGCACAUGUGCAUUGACAACUUUGGCUUUUCGUGCGUUAAAAAUGCUCACGUUCACUUCUCUGUUGCAGAUUCUUGCUCAUAUUCUUGAGAAAACAAUAAGAAUAACUUUAUUUAUCCCUGAAGGGAAAGUCAAUAAGAGGAGAGGAGAGUGGAACUAUGAGUUUGUCUCGUCUCACAAAGCUGCAGCUUUCUAGAAUCAGUUUACAUGCAGUCAAACAUACUUUGACCCAUAAAACUGAAUUUUCAGUGUAGGUUUGAUAAGUUUAUAAUGAUACAUUAGGUCUGGUACUCAUGCUAUAGUAACUGACGUUGUAAAAGGUGAUGUUAUACGGCACAAAUUGCAGAAGAGAUGACUGAAAGUAAAUGUAAAGGAUGAUGCACAGACUGAAGAGGAGGAGAAGAAAUCUACUUUGAAUCCUGAUUCUCUAAAACAUGAUCAUCUUUUCUCUUUAGCGUCUUCCCUCUCUAACUCAGUCUUCUCUUGUCUCCUCUCUGCUCAGGUUGUGUAUUUCACAGCCACUUUUCCCUAUGUGGUGCUGGUCAUUCUGCUGAUCAGAGGAGUCACUCUCCCUGGUGCCUUCGAUGGCAUCCUUUACUUUAUCACACCAAAGUGGGAGAAACUGAACGAUGCAAAGGUACCCGACUCCUACUUAAUUCAACUCGGAUAUUCUGCAGUUUUAUCAGUUUGUCCUUAACCUGCAUUUUUUCCCUCCUUUACUCACUCAUCAGGUGUGGAAAGAUGCAGCCACUCAGAUCUUCUUCUCUCUGUCGGCUGCUUGGGGAGGCCUUAUCACUCUCUCCUCCUACAAUAAGUUUCACAAUAACUGCUACAGGUAAACACACAAAAGGUAAACUAUUCUUCUGGCAGAAAAUUCAAACUGUCACUGCAGAUGUCUCUGUAUGUCUGAUAGAAAUGUCAAUAAUAAAUGACUCUCUUUGCAGCUGACAGCUCAGUGUUUCUUUGCUGUCAUCUUAAGCUUCUCCUCAUCGUUUCAUUUCGCUGAAAAAAGAAAUUGCAAAAUAUAUACAAGCUGGUGCACAUACACCUGAUUACAGCACAUAUUUUGGCUCUCAACCAUACCCAGUAGAUUAAAAAUAAAGUACUUCAAUGAGCUGCAUAACACAUUUCAACUUUAAAUGUCCUACACGACUUCUUCUCUUACCUUUUUCUUACCAAAACAAUUUGUUUGAACACACAAAUCAUUCAAUAGCAUCAUAUUCAUGUAAAAUAAAUUUACUGGACUAGUUCCCUGUCAGUUCUUCUGAUAUACAGGGAAUAUAAAAUAGAAACAGAGACUGAAGUCUCUCAUGCAGCGCUGCGCCCCUUGUGUACUCUCUCUGUAACUUACAAACACUCUUUGCAGUACUUAUUUCCACCACCAGAGGGCAACAUUAGAUCUUUUUUCCAUGUGCAUAAACUAGCGAUGACUGUGUCUUCUAAAACUGUCAUCACACCAUCUGUUAUACGUAAUAAAUAUUGCAGAUCUAUUCCAGUCACUCAGUCAGAUAUUUGCUCAUUCAGCUUCUGUUUCUCUCUGUCCUCUUCCCCCCUGCAGGGAUACUAUUAUUGUGUCAUGUACAAACAGUGCCACCAGUAUAUUUGCUGGGUUUGUCAUCUUCUCGGUCAUUGGUUUCAUGGCACAUGAGUUGAAAGUGCCGAUAGAGCAGGUGGCAGAUGAAGGUAAGACACCAAACCACAGGCAGCAGCAGCGGCAGGCCGACGCUGCUCACUGAAACACACCUGACACAGUUAGAUCUGUCUGUAUGCUGCAGAUAUGGUGUGUGUGUGUGCAUCUGUAUUCAUAUAUUUCUGUGUGUGCGUGUAUGUGUGUGUUUUUUCUUGUGUGUGUGUUUCAGGUCCAGGGAUAGCGUUUGUGGUGUAUCCAGAGGCUCUGACCAGACUCCCCCUGUCUCCUUUCUGGGCGAUCAUCUUCUUCCUCAUGCUCCUGACUCUUGGCCUGGAUACCAUGGUAACCACUGCUCCUUCGAUAUCUGUGUGUAUGUGUAUGAAUGUGUAUUGUUAUGUGUUUUAGCCACACUUAAGAACACAAUAUGGCCUUAUUAUUAAGAUGAAUCCAGACAUAAAAAUCUUUAUUACAAAACUCCUGUAACCACAGUUCUCAUUUUUAGCAUGUCUGUCUUGUUAGCUUCCAGCUUCUCCAAACUCUCCCUGUUAACUUUGCAGUUCACUGUUAUGGCAAAACCAGUGCUAACUUUCAACAAGGGCAUUGCCGUAUUUCAAGAUUGUUUUCCAUGCUUUUAUUUUAGAAUAUAUUCUGUCUCGUUUAGGUAACUGGUAGAACUCACGGUAGAACUUUAUGUAACAUUUUAUAUUAAUCUUAUUAUACAGUUAUAUUAACACCAGUAUACUUCAACACUCAAACUUUCAGUAGUCGAGGUCACAACAGCCCAAACCGUGAAUUUCUACUUAAGCCCUGCCCUAGAAAAGGCAUGUUAAAGUUAUGAUUUUGGUGCGGCAACAAACUGGUAAUUUUGUCAUGUAGUAAUUGUGUUCAGUUGUAAAAAAGCAAACACUUAAACACUAACUUUAUAUCUAAGUCAAUCAAUCUUUUUUUAAACUCUUAUGAAUACAAGUGGAGUGGACAGUGGAGUUGUUGGACAGUGAUGCUCCCUCCUUUUUAUAAAUGCCUCCAUCUUUACCACAACUUUUUUUUUUGGUAAAUAAACAGACAAAAUUGACUCAUUUCAAUCAGCUCUAAACUCAAAUGAAGAAAAAACAUCUUUAACCUUCUUUGACCACCAGGGGGCAGAAGAUCUCCACAGUUUCUUGUCAAUACUCAGCAGCCAUGUACAGCAGAUGCAUCCUGCAAAGCAUCAACUUUGGUCUCAGACAAGUUCUGUUUUUGUUUGGCUGUUUUAUUGUGCAACUUUAUAAUUUCAGCUCGAAUUUGGUCUCUACUUGUGCCAUAGAAAAAUAGUUCUGUGGCUAAUUGGUGUUCAUCUUUCAUACAAGCUGCUGUUUGGUGCUCAGCAGGUGUGUGCAUGUCGUUCAUUUUGCAGCAUUUAGCUCCAAAUAUCAGUCUGCAGCUGUAAAAUGGGGAUGAUAAGAGCACUGUAAGCAAAUAGAGGUGGAAAUGUUCUGCAAAUCUAGACAUUGAGCAAACAGAGGAACUUCAGACGUGCACAAAUCUUCUGAUUACUCACAUACAUGGCCAUUAAACUAAACUAUAACAUUAUAAUUAUUCAUAUUUCAUGUUUUAAGAUCAGAGUAAUAUCAGAAAAGAGUCUGUAGAUUCUCACAAACACUCAUCAGUGUUUGUGUCUCUAAACGUGCCUAUAAAUUCUCAUGUUUUUUCAUGUUUCAUGAGAGGAAAGUCUGUUUCUGCUGCAACAGAAACAUCAAACUGUUUCUGUUGUUGAACUUCUCUGAAGUUUCCCGACAUCCCUAAUCUUAAUGUCAGAGUCGAGAGCCUCUUGACUCCAUCUUGCUCUGAAGUACACUCUUAACUUCAGUUGCGCCAUCCAGCUAAGUAUAAACGUUGCAAACAUUGACCCAAUUAACAUAAUUACCCAUACACACCACCCACUGUGACUGAUUUCAGCUGAAGUGCUCCAGCUCUCCGGGUACUCCAGCAGAAGGGGGUCGGUGUGAUUGGAUUGAGUGAAAUUAAGUUGACCCUGAAGUUUUCUAACAACAACACUGACGUAAUUCAAAGUUUGAGUUCGGUUCAAACAUGUUGAGUUUAAACGAGGAGAAGGAGGCUCCAGCUUCAAGUUCAGAGCAGUUUGGAUCAUUUAUUCUUUUCACUAUUCCUGACAGACAAAUAUACAAAAAGAGUUUAAUUUCUUGCUUUUAUUGUAAAAUAUAUGAUAAAAAAUCCAACCUCAAAACAAAAGAUGGUUCAAAAAAAUCAUUUUUUAAGCUCUUAAGUAAAAAAAAUGUUGAGUUAUUUAGUAGUUAUGCAAAAUUAAAACUUUUCAGGGUGGAAAAGACACAAAUGAAAAGCUGAGGUGUCUUCCCCACCGUGGCUAUUACCAAAAAACACAAAUUUGUGGAUUGUACUGAACUUUAGAUGAUUUUUUCAUUGAAACAUUUUUCGUUCAUGAGCUCAUACAGUGUUAUAGUUUUAUCUCUGUUUUCUUUCAUUUGUUAGAAGUCUAGAUUUAAAGACAAAAACAAUGACUGUCCUUAUUUCAUCGUCCUUUAUCUCCUGGUCAGCCAUUAACCUCCAAUCUGAAUUCUCUGAACGAAUUAAUACAUUGAAAUUGUACGACACUGUCAAUCUUUGCUCAUGGAAAAUAACGUUUAUGUUUGUUAGUAGGCAGCGGUGAAAUCGUAACAGUACACUCGAUCACUCGAUAAGCCGUAACUCUUUUCCGCUGAUUGAUUUGAUCUGUGUAACAGUUGCUAUGGGGUUUUGACCAAUAGGAAUCAAGUAUUCAACACAACCUAGUCAUGAGAAAGAAAGCUGGACGAUUAAACUCAUAAAAUUAAUACUUUCAGUGGAUAAAAUGGAUAUAAAUGAUGUGAAAGUAGAGCUCAAAGUGAGUUAUACUCAAACAGUUCACUCAAAUGGACUGUGUUAAUAAAAAGGCUCUUAUUAUCCAACUGAAUCUACCUGCAUGUAACCUAAACGGAGUAUUAAACGGGUAAAGAACCAGAUAUUUCCCUUCAGAUUUGCUGCAGAUAAAGUUGUGCUAAUAAGAGAGAAAAAGGUUUAGUUUACUUUCUUCAGGGCUCCAGAAGCAGAUACCAAAUCUGUAAAAAUGUAAUCAUAGAGGAGCGUCUCUGUGUCUGAUGGCUGGGGAAAUAAGGUGUUCUUUGCAUAUGUAAUAUCAGUUUGUUUUCCCUCCCUCAAGGCGCCCAAAAUUUGGCUAACGCAGCCUUUAAGUACCACAAUUUAUUUUAAAGUUCCGUGUCUCUAAAUGUGAAAGCCACUGCGCUGAUUUAUUCCUAAUGUUACUUCAGUGAACAAACAUUUCCAAAGUCCAGAGCACCUCCAGCUCCAAUCCUGCGCAAACAAUUGCAGAUAAAAGACUAACUCCUCCAAGUGCAGCGUGAUGCUCCUGAGGCGAGCGGAGGAGCAAAGGGCACAGUGGCACAUUAAGACACAAGUCAACAGCAACAGUAAAUGAUGAUGUUACUUUACUCAGGCAGCGGCGGCUCCGAGGAGUGGGCUGAUGGUGGCUUUGUUGUAGAAAGCAGCCUGGCGAUAAUAGGCUUGGGAUGUUGACGGAAAUUAGUUUUGGGAGCUCAGGAGGAAGGCGAGGAGCGGAGCAGAGGCAGAUAGUUCAAUGUGGAUGAGUUUCUGCAGCACGCACACACAUUAUCAACACACCCUUACAACUUCCCUCCAAUUGCUUGUUUGUAUAUUCAUCCACUGCUGUCCUCUGGGUUAUGAGGCCCUUUUACUUUCUUGUUACGUUGGCUAAUCUCUGCACAGACUCCACCUGUCAGGUCUCCCGAUUGUCGUCUAAAUCCAGAGAAAUAAUGUGUUUACAAAACAUUAACUGCUCAGGAUUAGGGUAAAAUUUGUACUUGUUUUAUCUGAAAUUACUGUGGGAAUGUUUGCUGGUGGAACUGGAGGCAAAUGGCUCACUACACCCCAUGCUCUAAUAGCUGCAGCUGCUCUGACUGAAUGUUUAAAACUUUACAGCUUUAGGCUUCCACUUUAAGUAGUUGAAGUUCUGCUGCAAACUUUCCUGUUUGACUCUUUUUUAGGAGUGGUAAACAAGCAAUCAGACUUUGCUGUAGUUUGCUAGAUUUAACAGACAGAUGAUAUGGUCACGUUACAUACAGUAUAAUGUAUGUUUGUGUAUGCAUUUGUUUCCUAUGUGGCCUGUGAAAUCCUGCCGCAGUGAUUUUUUUGUGUGCGUAUCAGUUAUUAUCUUAUGUGCAUCAGAAAUUAAUUUACCGAUACCGAAAUUUACAACAAUAACCAACGUUAUUUUGCCCAUAUCGGUAAAUUGGGUGUCAAAAAAAUAAAUAAAAGUUGGUUUUGGAUGUGUGUAGGUAGGCUAUGGUCUCAUUUCCCUUUAAGACGCUGUCCUACAUCAGAGACAUGACUCCAUCCCAUCCAGUCCGUAACAAAGAGGGAAAGACAGGUGAGGAGAUGGAGGAUGGUUCAAAAGUUGUAGCAGCUGAAGUAGACAAAGUUAAUGUGGAGGGGGUGAGCAGCUUGUGGAGUAGUUAUCGUCCAUUUAUCGUUAUGGAGGUGAACUGCUCAGUAUAUAGAGAUAUUGAUUCGAGGCCAUAUCACCCAGCCCUAUGUAUUCCUCUUACAAAGCAUGUCAAUAAUAAUGAAGUGCCCAGGAAGAUUUAGAUAUUGUGCAUUUCAUCAGCUGGAUGCAAACAGACUCCAUGGAUUAUCAUCGGAUAUCUUUGUAGAGUCUGCAACAUCAGUAUAUAGUUCACACAUAUCAGGCUGUCACCAUCAGUGACACACAGAAGUAGCUGAUGCAUCAUCUUCUGCUUCCUGCUGUCACUGUGAUGGAAAAUAAGAACACCGUUGAUCUUUUGAAGGACAUAUUUCACUUUUAAAAACUCAGAGCUCAGUUGACAUGUCAAAAGUAUUAAGCACUUCGUACCAAAUAAAUUCUUAACAUACAGGUUUGGCUAUUCAGGCUGAUGUCUGCAGAGAGACACAUCAGGAAAGCAGAGCAGUAUUUUGGACUGUGGGAAUCACUACAGGCCUUCGGAUAAAAUUAAGUCAAUGUUAACUUCAGCUCUUGCAGUAGUAAACACUCACUGACAGCUGACUGCAGUCCAGUGAGUACAAACAGGCACAAGAGCUGACCACUUCCUGAUCAGCUGUUUCUGACAAGUUAGAGGAAUAUUUGACAUGUUGCAUCGUCGAGCACAGCGAAAGCCAACUCUCAUCCAUGUCCUCAGGUUAGCAUGAGUUGUUUUACAUUGUUAAGAUGGACGCUGCUUUGAAAUGCAGAAGAAUUCAACUGUAAACAUGCAGUAAAAACUCUGAUUAGUCACCAUGACUUGUUAAAAUUCAGCGAUCAAUUGCAGUUGAAUAAUCAAUCAUCGCUUCGUCAUCCACAGAGAAUUUUGAAAUUUUCAUUAAGGCUUAAAAAAGUUUCUACAUCACUGCUUUACCUGAAAAUCAAGAAUCUUUUCAUCUCUCUGUCUGCUUUGAAAGCCUCUUGAGAUGACCUGAAGUGUUGAAUGCGGAGUUGUUUGAAGAUCCGAACGUAACAGAAAGUAUUUGUGGUAUUUUCAGGGAAAAACUACACUUAACAAAAAAAAAAGACCCUUUCUCUCCCCUUAAUGCAGCUCCCCCCUUUCUUUCUCAUAUCCUUAUUUGCCCUGAAUAUUUUUCCUUUCUCCUUCUCCCUUUUUUCUCUCUUAGUUUGCCACCAUCGAGACCAUCGUGACCUCUGUGUCUGACGAGUUCCCCAAAUACUUGAGGAAACACAAACCUCUCUUCACCCUGGUCUGCUGUGCCUCUUUCUUCAUCCUGGGAUUUCCCAUGAUCACAGAGGUAUGAAAUGAACCCAGAAAAACACACUUCUAUCUACGCGCUGACACCACAGCACAAAUAUGCUUUUAUAUUCACCCUGCACCUCAGACUCUUUGAAUAAGCCGACAGAUUUCUGCAUGCAGAAAGGAGCCGUGGUGCUCAGAGGACCGGCUCAGAGAGUCUGUCUUAUUAACAUCCCCUCAGACUGCUUCAGAGUCAAAAUACUAACCUCCGAUCAGAUUCAUGGUGUCAUUUCUGUUAGUGAAUCAUAAGUUAGUGUCAUCGUAAUGUCGAGCUGAAACGGAUUUUCUGAUGUUUGUGUGUUUGUGACAGAAUGGGAUGUACAUGCUGCAGCUGGUGGACACAUUCGCAGCCUCCUACUCCCUGGUCAUUAUUGCUAUCUUCGAGUUGGUGGGGAUUUCCUACCUCUAUGGUGAGUUUCUAUCUCUGCCUUUUAACCUGUAUCCCACCCCUUCCUGUCUCCCAAUCCUUUAAACGAACUUCAUUUGUAAAGUUCUUGGAUUUUAUUCAGUCUCCAAGUAGGGCUGCAUGAAAAUAAAAUCCUUUUUUUUUUUUCUUCUGAAAACUCAAUUUGUGAUUUUGAUUUUAUGACUCAGUGACAACUCCACCAAACUUCACUUUUAUAAAAAGUUUUUCUAUCAUCUUUUAAAACAAAAUCACUAAAAACAAUGUAGUGCAUAUACCAAGCCAGUAAGUGGCGCUUUAACACUGCCCAGGAAAUUAACAAAAGACAGAAGAAGAGUACAGAGCACGUGUAUAAAGGUUAUUUUGGCCGGACACGUGCAGGCGCCAUAAAAGAGUUACGCUGUGUGUCACAAAAUCAAUAUGACAAAAAACUUUUGCGUUUACUCCUGAAUUCAUUUCCGUGUGGACGGGUUGAUCCCGCCUUCAGACAGACUUUGCAGUGGUUUGUUUUUCAUCUGAAACUAUGGAGCCGGAGCCGUACCAAAUUCCACACGACUGACUUACUCUUGUCCUAUUUAGACAUGAAAUUAUCACCUUCUUUUCAAACGCCAUGUUUGUUUACACUGAUGUGUGUGGGAACUGGGGAGCGCUCCCACACGAAGGGGGAGCCUAUGGUGGCCUGGAGGUGUGAGACAUGAUAGAGAGGAAAAUGGAGUUGACGAUUUUAAUUUUCUUAAAAUCGUCAUAAUCAAAUAAUCCGAUUACGGUUUAACAUCGAUUAAUCAUGCAGCCCUGUCCCGGAGUUUCAGGGAUAUUAUAUUUUGGUUUGUGCUCAAGUCUCACAGCCUGACCUUAAUCCACUCCCACUUGUCCCACACCAGACCAUUAAGGGGCACGAAAACAAGAAUAUAAUAACACAGACAUCCCUCUCCAAAAGUAUCAGUAAAAAGGAGCUCCUGUUUAUGUUUCUACCAAUACUUGAGCAGUUUAAAACAAGACAAAACAGGGCAGCCAGGCAUCCUCAGAGACCAUCUACGAUAGAAAUAUUUCCACUCAAGUUCAGAAGUUAUAAUUAAACACAACAGAAACCUCCUUCAGGGAAAAAUGAUCAUAAUUAAAAGUCAUAAAGUAAUACCAGCAUGAAACGGCUGAGAGCUUUUCAAAAGAAGAAUCGAGUUGAAAAAAACAACAAGCAGAAAAACAAUAACAAGAUAAUAUGUAGUGUAGAAAAAGAGGGAAAAAACUUCCCUGUGUGAGAAAACUGUAAUCAAACUUUGAAAAAAAGCACAAAAAAAAAAAGGAAAAAAUAUAAUGAGCAGUCGUUUUAAGUAGCUUUUAAAAAAGGGAUGCAUCCGUUAAUUUUCCAAUCUAAAAUCAAAAGAUUGAAAAAGGUUAUGAGUGAUUCAACACCUGUCUGAGCCGGAGUUUCUCUGCCAUCCUCCUUCAAAAACCCAAACUUCCGUUUUGAAUCUGGUCCCACCUUACACCGCCUGAUUAACUCUGCCAACAGUUACAGGUGAGUCCAUGUGACUUCACUUCCCUUCACCCUCUCUGCUGUGUUGGAGAUGGAGUUCCAGUCCUGACCACUGGGUGUCUCUGUUGUAAUGUCUAAAUCCCACCUGCAGACAGAGGGCUCAGGUGCGUGUCAGGGGGCUGUUACUGAGGAGCAGAGCUGAGCUGCUCUCCUCCAGUUUGUCAGAGCAUCAGUACAGGUGACAUAUUGAAAUGAUUGUGUGACUCUGCCUCUUCAUGUCACUCACUGUUAUCCGUCAAUAAAAGGCCGAGGAAUGAAGCCAUCUGCUCCCUCGCUCUUUCUCAGGGACGACAAACCAAUACCAUCUUUCUUUCUCUCUCUCUCUCUCUCUCUCUCUCACACACACACACACACACACACACACACACACGAGGAUGGCCUGAAUUUCCCUCUCCUUUUUUUGGGCUCCUUAUUAAACCCCGGUCACUCACUCUCUGUGUUCCCUCUGUCUGUCCUUUUCCAAUUCCUCUUCUUUUAUUUUUAUUUCCCUCUCUGUUCUGCAGGUCUGCAGAGAUUCUGCGAGGACAUUGAAAUGAUGAUUGGUUUUCAGCCAAACCGAUUCUGGAGGAUCUGCUGGGCCUUUGUGACUCCAACCAUUCUGACGGUAUGUUUGUUUUUGCUCUGCUCACCCCCCUCUCUCUCUUUCACGCACAGACACACACUUUUCAAACACACACACACACGCAGAGACAAGCAUUGACAUGUGCAGCUUGAAAUGUUUCCGUUUUUACCGCUGUCUUCCAACUUCAUUGAUUUGCAAUUGGAAAGGAACCAGAAGGAAAUUGUUCCUGUUGCACAACAAUCGGAAAAACAUUUCUGCUGUUUUCUGUCGCCAAGUCACAAGUUGUUUGUGUGUUUUUUUAAAAAAGUAACAGCCAAUAGUUGGUGGGAUGUAAUUAUCGCCGCUGCGAGUGCUCAAAUACAUUUGAUUCCGGAGAGCGUAUUUCCUGUAAAAUGGCCUCUUCUUUGUUCCACACUGUGCAGCAGAAUGGAAUCAUUUCAGCGCACAGUGUUAUAAAAGUGUCCGGCGUUAAUGCUCGAAAUUGUAAUGGAAGCUCCGGAAACAGAAGUGAUGAAGACAAAUGAUGCCGCUUUGGGCCCGGUUGGCCAUCCUGCUGCUCUCCAGGGAGAUCAGUUUUCCUCCUGGGAGCUCAUUGAGCACCAACUCAGGCUAAUCUAUUUCUGUCGGCCAUCUUUUCCUCUAUUUGUUUGCUUUUCCUCCUCUUUUUGUCAUCUUUUUCAGCCAAAUUUCGGCAGAGACUCCGUUUGUACCCUCUGCACAUAAAGUAAAAUGAAGGUCUCAUUUUCUCGUCAUCUAUCGUCUCUUUUUAUGUGGAACAGUACACUCGACUUUGGCGGCGUGUUCUGACUUCAGUUAAGGUAAUUAGAAAGAAAUCGUCUGUACAGGCGGCAUGAAAGUGCAGAACAAUAAUUACACAGUGCAGCAACAUCAGGCCACAACCGUGUGAAAACAAAAUUUUGAGCUAUUAUUAUUAAGAAGCGUGAAUAUUUUCAGCCUAACCUUUGAUGAAACAAAUCUGAGGAAGAGUUCAGAGUAACUUUUGAAGAGAUAUUAUUUAACAUCAGCGUCACGCGGCCCGUGGAGGAGCUGAGCAGCAGUUUUGUGUCCUGAAGGACUUUCAGAUUUCCUGUCACUGGUGUUGAACAGAUUCGUGUUUUGUAACAUUUUCAGUAAACAGCUAUGGAGAAGAAGAAAAAAGAGAGAUGGAGAAAGGAUACAAGGUAGGAGGAAGGAAGGUAGGAAGUAGGGAGAAAGAAAAGAUGGAAAGGAUGAAAAGGUGGAUGGAGGGAAUAAAAAGAAGAAAGGUGGAGGGAAAAAGGGAGAAAAUAAAGAAAGAAGAGAGGGAGGAAGGAAUGUAGGGAAGGACAAAGGAGGGAAGGGGCAGAAGGGUAGAAAGAAGGAGGGGAGGAAGGAAGGAGAGGAAGCAAGAAGUAACAAAGGAAAGAAGGGGAAGGAAGAAGGGAGUGGAGGUAGGAAGGAUGAAAUGAAGGAAGAGAGAAAAAGUGGAAUGAGGGAAGGAGUGUAGGAAAGAAGAAAAGGGAAAAGGUAGGAAGGGAGAAGGGAGGGAAGAUGAAGGGAGGGAAAAGGGCGAAAGGAGAAGGUAAGAAAGGAGGGGUGAAGGUAGGAAGAAGGGAAGAAGGAUGAAGAAGAGUAGGGAGGUAAGGAAAAAGAGAAAGGGGAAAAGGAAGGAAAGAAGGGAAAGAAUAAACAGAAGGAAAAAAGGGAAGGAGAAAGAAAGUUCACUUUCUUCUGUGUUCUUUGGGGUGGACUAUGACCCCCAGUCACUGCAGUUGCUCAGCCAGUGGUGUGUAAAUGGUCCUGGGAUCCUGGACAUGGUCUCAGUGGUGUCACAUGUUAGUCUCUGAGGCAGAGGUUUGAAGCAGCCGCCAUAUUGGAAAUCCUGAGUCAACCUCUUGUUUGAUUAACCCAGAUAGAAGCGAAGAGGCGGGGAUUACGUAGGUCGGCUUUUAGCCUCCUGGGUACCGCCACAGUCUGCAUGCCUGUCAAUCAAGUCAGCCACGCCCCUGAUUUGCAUAAUUAUGCAAAACUUGCUGCCUUCUUAACUUCAAAUUCAACGAGUAAUAAAAUAUUCAACCCCAGUGGAGGAAGUCAAAUAGAAUAACAGACCAUUCAUACGAAGCUGUAAACAUGUUUACUCCUCCUCUGUUUGAAGACAGUUUUUAUAACAUAGGUGUUAAUCGGAGCUGGUCCUGCUUUUAGCCAUGAGUGAAAACAGGAGAAGGUGACAUGUAGGGUCAAAGAGCUUUGAGUCAUCAGAAGAGCACAACAGUCCGUUAAAACAUGAGACAGCAUAUUGAAAAACUUGGAUAUAGAAAUAUGUGACGAUGUAGUAUGAAGGGCAUGAAGUUGUGACGCACUUAGUAGACUUUUUUCUGCAACUUUACCCUCUGACUCAAGACCCGAAAGAUGUUUCUGUUGAAAAUAACUAUACUAAGAAGGAACGAAUGAUUUUAUGUCAUUACUUCAAAUAAACUUUCCUGCUCUCGAGAAAAAAAAAAAGAAACAGCUACAAGCCUAUGAUUUAUUACAGCUGUGCAGACUUACAGAUUUGUCUCUGUACAGGCUGUUUUCACAUAUUUACAUUCCAGCGUCACACAGCCCAUCAUUUCACAAUGUUUCCUCUGAGCUGCAGAGUCCUCCUCCUGCAGGGGACACAAACUUUAGAGGGCACAAGGAGGGACUUAGUUUCCUGGUUUUUCUUUGUCCAUGCAGGGCAUCCUGAUUCUGAGUCUGUACCAGUGGAAGGUAAUGACCUACGAGGACUACACCUACCCCACCUGGUCUAUGGUUCUGGGCUGGCUCAUGGUCAUCUGCUCCGUCAUUUGGAUCCCGAUCAUGUUCGUUAUCAAAAUGCACCUCGCACCAGGCUCCUUAAUUGAGGUAAUAAUAGAGACAAAACUGCGAGGAGACAAUCCCACGUAUGUUUUGUUUUUGUCUACUUUGCACACAGACACACACACAUACACACUUUAUCCACACACUCUCACACGCUGUCGGGGAAAUCAAUAGUCUCAUCCUUUGCUCAUUAGCAGGGGAGGCAGGCUGCUGGCUGCUGGCGGAGUAUUAAUUUGAACAUUUUUCUGGGAGUCCGGCGGGUCCCUUUUAAAUACUCUGAUUAAUGGAUGAUGAUGAUCGUGGCUUCCUCUCCGAACGUCUCCGCUCCCUCAGCAGCUCUGACAGCCGCCUCAAUCACAGAGCCUCCUCUAAAUUUACACUCUCUUUCUGCUUUGCUGAUAGAAAUAAAUAGUCAUGGUGGGUUUCACUCAGAUUUGAGGAUGAUUUCAGAUGCAGCAAAACAACUUCAAACACCUCGCAUGUUUGAUGAUGUUCAGCGAGCGGAGAGGGGAGGAUCAUUAGCUUUAUUUUGAGUUUAAAUCAAUUACACUGAGCCUCUUUGAUAGUUCUAACACAGAGGAUCAAACUGAUGAGUCGCAGAGUUUACAGCUUUUACUAAUUUUCAACUCUUGUCGAAAAUCAUCUUGUAAAAAAAUGAGCUGUGAGAUUAAAGUACAGGGGUCAUACCUGUUUCAAAGAUUUUCCUCCUUUUCCUGUUUUUGAUAAGGAGGUAAAAAAAAUAAAGAUGUAAAUAUGGGAUGACCAUAUUCUGAAUCCCCAAAAAGACACACUACUACGCAGGGUGGAGUUGUACGUGCGCUCAAGAUUUUUAGGGUUAUUCGGGCUGGGUCGAGUGUUUUUUACGUGCUUCUAACUCAGUUAAAUGCAUACUCUGAAUUCCCCGCCAAAAAAUUAAAAAUAAAAAGAUGACGGCUCUGCUCGCAUUCAACGGAGAGGAGUCAGAUGAUGUGGCUUGGGCAUCUAAUCACCAAUAGGAGACCAUGGGGGAGACCAAGGACACAAAACUGUGGGGAGACUAUGGCUGUGUCUGAAAUGGAUCCCUAACCCCUAUAUAGUUGACUAUAUGAGGGUUAGCGCCAUUUUGAGGGGUGUCCGAAACCUGAGUGAUCAAUUCCAGUGCCCCAUUUAGGCGACUUAAAAUUUCCCAUAAAGCAUUGCAAAAUGUAGUGACCAUCCGAUGGUCACUCACCGAUGGUGGGCAUCCCGUCAUGCAUUGCGUCUUGCCAUGUAGUGUCCGAAACCUCUGGUGAUUGAGUUCACUACAUAGUCAACUAUAUAGUGAAAUCCCAUAUGGGGGUUAGAGGUUGAGUGAUUCAUUUCGGACGUAGCGUAUGUCUCUCAGCUGGCCAGGAAAAAACCUCUGGGUUCCCUGGGAAGAGCUGGACAAAGUGGCUGAGGAGAGAGAAGUCCGGGCUUCUCUGCUCAGGCCGCUGACCCCGUGACCCGACCCUUGAUAAGCGGUUGAAGAUGGAUGGAUUUUAUCUCAUCUUUUUUAUUUCACUGGCGGAAAUGGGCUUCCAUACAAAACUCCAGACAUUUGAAGGAUUUUAUAAACUCCCCCCCAGACAGGUUGGACAGCCCCCUAAAAGAAGACAUGUCCAGAUAAAAGAGGACGUAUGGUCACCCUUUGUAAACAUGACCUUUUUUGUUGAACAACUCAGCCGUCUGGGAGUUUUAAAAAGUGAAACAUGCCGAUCAAAAGAGUCUCAGUGUUGGUAUAUUCAUCAGGGUGACUGCAGGAGCUGCAACUUAAAUAUAGUGUAGUCCUCCUAUUGGAUAUGAUUAAUAUGAAUUUAGGAAUUUACUUUUGGACCCUAAUUGGAACCUAAUUAUUACAAGUCCAAAAAAAUCAUACAGCAGACAGCACAAUGGACAACACUGAUAAGAAAUGAAAGCACAAUUAAUUUGUUAAAGUUAAAACAGUGAUUGAGUCUCAUUCACAGUGAUAAAAGUGACUUUUUCUCAAUAAUUGCACGUCUGAAUCUUGUAUCAAAACAUAUUUGAUGAGUUAUCUGGGUGAAAUGUCGAGGAUUUUGAUUCCAAUUUCACAUAAUCUUUUUCGUGACAGUUCUAUGCAAAGCUCUGGAUUUGUCCUUGUAAUGUGAGGUGAUGAAUGAAAACGUUGACAUUUUUGUGUUUUAAGUGUGACAUACACUUAUGAGUUACAAAAUAGUCUGAAAAUGGCAUCAAUUCAAUCACUAACAUGUUUGUCAUUUAUGAGCCAUGAAUCUAAGUUAAAGUUUCAUUGAUUUUUAGAGGAGGCCUCAUCUCAGGUAAAAGCUGACAUUGUUUUCUAUGAGGCACCAGCAAAUGAGACUCAUUUAACAACCAAACAGUAAAAACACCAAAGCAGAGGAGCCAUGGAAAAGUUCUCAGCAGGAAAAAGGAAAGCAGGCAUGUCAGCCGGGUCAACUCUCCAUGCAAACAAUCGUACCCUUGAGGAAAUUCCUGAAACUGCACAGCUUGAGUCUCAAGUGAAGUGCAUUGACAUUGAAGCACUCACAUAGCAGAGCAGUGAACAAUGUUCCUCUCGUUCGCCCACACAUGUUCCAGUAAUGGCCUCGCCAACAGAAGCGUUGAGGGUUGUCAAUAUGAGAUCAGUGUUUUGCUGAAGUGAUGACAACAGGUGCUGGGAUUGAACCAUCAGACACAGCGGAACCACAUGCUAGAUGCUAAGGGUUUGAUUGGCUUUGCUAUGAUGGAAGCUCUUUAAGACUGUAAUGGUAGAAGGAGAAGUGUGCGUGGUUUUAGCUUUGCAGAGCGGAAAAAAUGAAUGAUGAGAGGGGCUUUUCUUCUGCAGAGCUCCAAUAACUCAUUAGCAAUUCACCUCUGAGUCGUGGGCGGAGACAGCGCUGCUCUGCACACUCCUCUUCACACUCCUCUUCACGCUAGCUUGCAGCCCAACAUUGACGGUGUAGUAGCAGAGGCAGGUAACAUGAGAGCUAUUCAGCUCUCGGAUACUAAUGUCUUUGAGGACACGAUGAAAGCUAAUAUCAUAAUUAGCUUUCUUACGAGCAUUGCAAUCCACUAACGCACACGCUUGUUCUGCGAUGGUCCCCUCUACUUCUCCGAGUCUGGCCGUCAUAGCAGGGCUCCGGGGUUGGAGCUCGGAUUUGUGACGUAGGAAAUCUCACUGUAUGUGAGUCUGCUGUUUGGGUCCGAUUACUCCAGUAAUCAAUAGAAUAUUUGGUAGAAUACUCGAUUACUAAAAUAUUUGAUAGCUGCAGCCCUAGAAGUAUUUUAAACAAAAGCCAACUCCCAGAUAAAGUCCAAAGUUAUUGUUUUUAGCAAAUAGAAAUGCAGAUAAUGAUCCAAUCUAAAGUGGUCAGUCAGGUUAAUAUUUGCUUUAUUUGUUUGUUAACAUGAGUAAAUGAAAAAUCUUUUUGGGUUAGAGUUAAAAUUGGAUGAUUAGUCGAUUAGCAAGUCUGAACCACUACAAAUUGCAUACACCUGCAUCCUUUUAGCAGGAUGUAGUCGCCCCCUGCUGGCCAUUAGAGAACAUGCAGGUUCAGGGACCUUCCUCACAUGUGUGUCUCCUCUCCUCCUGCAGCGUCUGAAGCUGGUCUGCGCCCCUCAGCCUGACUGGGGUCCUUUCCUGAUGAAACAUCGUGGAGAACGCUACAAGAACAUGAUCGACCCUCUGGGCACCAACUCACUGGGCCUCAAACUGCCCCCGAAGGACUUCCAGCUCGGGUCCUACCAGUAG